CUGUAUUGGAUAUCGUGGCAGAUUAAUUCAACGGUUGGAAUCAGCCCAAUGCAAUAACAAUGAUGACCUAUUGACCUCAUGGAUAUUUCUUAUUGUCAUCUGAAGUUUUUGAAGUUUUCCAAUUGUUUGACUGUUCAAAUACAAUCCGAAUUUCGUCAACGAAGAGACUUUCAAAAAUGUCGGCUGAAUACCAUCGAGUUGAUAACGAUGAACAGUUCAUCGAUGUAUCUCUCGGUCGAAGAUCUACUGACAGCUUGAAUUCAACGUUGUUAGACUCAGAGUAUGAUGGAAAGGCUCAGGAUGUGGAAUCUAUGCCAUUGCCUAGACAUACGUACGAUAACCGAUGGAUGUGGUUGGUACACGCUGUACUGCUUUCAUUUUCAUUUGGGUUAUUCAUAUCGGCAUAUUGUACCAGGAUAACAACGCUCAAACACGUGAAGGAGUACUCGGCAUGGUCUCCCGCUGCAAAAGCAGUCGAGUAUCAAAAAGUUAAAUUCAAUAACACCAUGGGAACUGGGUCGCCGUAUGUGGGCUACGGACCAGACGUUGACAAGGCAUGGAGUUCUAUUUCAUAUGAUGUUGGCGAUCAAAUGAUUUUACCAGAUCAACUCGACAAAAUCGGGAUGCCUAACACACAUCUGAAAGUCAAGGAUCCAAAGACCGGAGUCGAAGGUUACCGAGUCGGCCUAGAAGUUUUUCAUCAACUACAUUGUAUAAAUCUUCUCCGACAAGUCACAUACAGAGACUGGUACGAAGACAUCAGUGGAGAGUUCAAGGGAGGACAAAAGGGCCUUCAAAUGCACACCGAUCAUUGUCUAGAGAUCCUACGCAUGAAUGUACAAUGCAACGCAGACGUUGGGGUCUUCACACUUUACAUGGUAGAAGAUGAUCCUCUUCCUUGGCCAGAACUCAACUCUUGGCAUGUUUGUAGAAAUUUUGAUGCCAUUGUAGACUGGGCCAUGGAUAAUUCGGUAGGAAUCAUGGAAAUGCAUGAUAACAACACGGAUACCAAUGGCUCCACGUCAUAGAUAUUCGAAAUUUUGUAUACAUAAGAAUUACACUAUAGAUAUUU